UCUCUUUUCCCUUUCCUUUUUUUACCCUCCCUCAGUCUCCCCAAACAACCCCUUCGAGUUUCUUUGCCCCGGUCCCUUUAUACCAAAAUCCACUCUAACACAACUAAAAAUUCAUUUUGUCUGACCUAAAUCAGAGGGUGUCUGCGCCAUGGGCUUAUUACACAGUGCGCUUAAACUUGUGUUGUGGAGGAGGAUGGGGUAUUAUUAUCUUCCAGCUACCCACCCUGCUAUAAAAACUAGUGGUGCGACAUCUCCUCAGCGCAGUGCUGCUGCCCUCCCUCCCUUCCUCUCACUCUCUCGCUCGUCCUACAUGAGCCACACACAACAGUGAGCCUGACUCUAAACUCCACACUAGCCACGCUGCUUCACAGACAGACCCAAGAAUCACACUCUGCUCUCCUCUGCUGCGCUGCUUUUUUGCUUCUCUCCAUUGGAUAUUCCUCCCUGGGUGUUUUAUUUUUGUGAAUGGGCAACUGUGGCCGGUGUGAGGAGCUUGUGAAUGGACUGACUGCCUGGCUGACUGAUUGACAGACCGGCAAAGAGAGAAAGAGAGAGGCAGCUGUGUUUCAAUUAAAGAGGGCAAUGCUGAGAGGUCAAGCGAGGAGCCACGGAGCCUCUUAGUAGUCUGGAAAUACAAAGACACGUGAGGGGAAUCGAGAAGCUGAAGAUAACCAACAGCGACAGAGAGAGGAGGAUGGUUCAUCACAGAGAAGAGGACCUGAUUGGGAUCCCCUUCCCGAAUCACAGCAGUGAUGUACUCUGCAGCCUCAACGAGCAGCGUCGUGAUGGGCUGCUCUGCGAUGUCAUCCUCAUCGUCCGAGACCAGGAGUACCGCACCCACCGCUCUGUUCUGGCCGCCUGCAGCCAGUACUUCAAGAAGCUCUUCACAGUGGCCACCACGGACGGCGGAGAUCACCAUCAUGCGGCGGCGGUGUACGAAAUUGACUUUGUAGCUCCGGAGUCUCUCACAGCCAUCCUGGAGUUCGCCUACACUUCUACCCUGACCGUGACGGCAUCCAACGUCAAAGAGAUCCUGAACGCGGCCCAGAUGCUUGAGAUCCCCUGCAUCAUCAACGUUUGCCUGGAGAUUAUGGACAGUGGGGGUGGAGACGGCGGAGGCGGAAGGAGAAGAGAGGAGGAGGGAGAAGAGGAUGAUGAGGAGGAGGAGGAUGCGGAGGAAGAUGAGGAGGAGGAGGAAGAGGAGGAGGACGAAGAGGAGGAUGUGGGGUCGAGGAAGGACGAGCAGGACGAGGAGGAGGACAACGUUAGCGAGAGGUCGCUGCAGUCGUCGGAGAGCAGGGGGGAGCAGACGCCUCUGGGGACGGAGGAUUUGCCGCCUCCAAGCACCUCCACAUACCACCAGCAGUUUGACCUGCACAGAGAGUCAUCCCAGUCGCAGUCUCCAGACAACAUGAGAGGAAAACAGGAGAGUAUGGAGAGUCGGGCUCUGAAGGACUUCUCCAUUGAGUCUCUCCUCCAGGAAGGGCUGUAUCCUCGUAUGUCAACACUGGACCGGAGGGCCAACUUUUCUCCUCUCCUCCCAGGCUUCUACCCCUCCAUGUGGGCUGCUGAGUUCCCGGCCUUCCCCCAGCAGCUCCUGGACCCCAGCCACCAUCAGCAUCCUCACACGGGAGCUUCACCGCAAACCAGGCUCCCCCACGCCUUCCCCACCUCUGCCCCACUCGAGGCCUCCAGGCCACUCAAUCUAGCUGUGAAAAGAGAGAUCAUAAAGGAGGAGAUGAAAGAGGAAGUCCCACCCAGUCUGCUGCACGGCGACUUCCUGAAGGAGUUCGUCAGUUCGGGCCUGGGCGGCAGCAUGAACGUCGGGUCAGUACCGUCGGAGGGUCAUGCUCUGGGUCAGAUUAAGGAUGAGGCUGACUUCCGGUCGUACCUGAGCUUCCUGAGCUCUGCGUCCCACCUGGGGGCGCUAUUCCCCCCCUGGCAGCUGGAGGAGGAGAGGAAGAUGAAGCCCAAAGCGUCACAGCAGUGUCCUAUCUGCAACAAAGUCAUCCAAGGUGCUGGGAAACUGCCACGACACAUGAGGACACAUACAGGAGAGAAACCGUACAUGUGCACUAUCUGUGAAGUACGAUUCACCAGACAAGACAAACUUAAGAUCCACAUGAGGAAGCACACAGGUGAGCGCCCCUACAUCUGCCUCCACUGCAACUCUAAGUUUGUCCACAACUACGACCUGAAAAACCACCUGCGAAUCCACACGGGCGUCCGUCCAUACCAGUGCGAGCACUGCUACAAAAGUUUCACACGGUCUGACCACCUACAUCGACACAUCAAGAGGCAGAGCUGCCGAAUCUCACGCCCCCGGCGAGGACGGAAGCCAGCUGCCUGGCGGUCCACGCCCGCCAGCAACUUCCUAUGCCCCCCCACUGCUGCCGCCAACCGGUUCGAGGAGAACGGGUUAAGCCCCGCGUACCAGGGAGUCAAGAGUCAUGGACUUGGAGAGAUGCUCGGCCUCAGCAACAGGGGUCUAGGAUUUAAGAGUGCUGACAGCGCGGGUAGGGAGAGCAGGGAGGAACGGCGAGCAGAGGGGAAGCAUGUCGCAGAGGAGGAGAAGGCAGGAGCAGGGAGACAGAGGGGAGUGUUUGCCUUUGCUCUGGCUGGAGAAGAAGUGCUUACCCACUCUCCAUUUUAUGCUGCGACCUCUGACCCCUGGACCAUGAGACUGGAGCGUGCUCCACCCAUCUCUGAGCCGGCCAAAUGAACUCUGGUCUGUAGAGGAAGACAAAAGACAAGAAAGAAAAUCUCUUUAAUCUCUGUGUCUGUUCUGCUCCAGGAAGCUAAAGCACCUUUUUGAGAAGUGAAAGAGUGAGAUCAGUGAACCUUUUGAAGCCUGUUGAUGCAGCAGUGGUAAAAUAGACUUUUUUUUUUUUUGAGAAACACAGUCUAAUUAAGUAAUUUCACAAAUGUCAUGCUAAAUAAUUGUUUCAGCCCCGUGAAUGUUUACAAGUACUUCAAUAGCAUUUAAAAAGAGGCAACAAGUUUGAUACUGCUAAUGAGGAAAACAUAUCAGGACACUGUUAUGUAUGUUAUUUGUGUUAAAUCAAAAAUGAUCAUAUUUCUACAAAGUCCUCUGAAGCAAGGUGAGGCUUUUAUAUUAAAAAAUAUUCAUAUGUGAGAAGAUGUAAUUCUACACCCAGAGCAGGACCUAUUGUAAUUAGAAUUAGUAACUGAUGAUCAUCAAACAAGAUUGCAUGUACAAACAUAAUCAAAAAUGUACAAAAAGGGUUAUUAUAACUGAAACAUAAUGAAGUAGAGAUAUGGAGUAGACUUAAAAUAUACAAUUGAUAACAAUUUAAUAAAUAAAUAAGCCUUGGUCCAAGCAAUUUACAGUAAGGUUUAUUUUGGAUAGCUGUGUUAAGGUGUUAAAAAGGGAUCAGUUUUUUCAAAAAGCAUUAAAAAUGGUUUAAGUAUAGCAGGGCGUAGUCUGGCACAUGCCCGGCAAUUACAUUUGAUUCAAACAUGGUUAUUUAAUAAUGUUCUAAAACAAAGGGAAUCCACUUGAAGUCUGAUAAAUCAGGAUAUUUGAGAACGUGUUAUUAUCCUUCCACUGCCUUGUUCUGAUUUAAGCUCCUCAUCUGCACUAUUGUACAUAGACAAACUUUUGGCCAUGGUGGUGUUUAAUUACGGUUGCAUUACUGAUGAUGUAAAAAAAAAAGAAUAUAUAUAUUGUUCUUAAAAGACUUUGAGGCAUCCAUCCAAAGAUGUGUACUUUGAUAUUUCACAAACUUGAAUAAGACUUUGUUUUAAUGUUUAUGAAUAUGUGUCUUCAGAGGAUGUAUAUUUCUGACUAAUCAAACUGCCGCUUUAGCUAUACAGUAUGCUUGUGUUUUUUCUGCUGCAACAAAUCAAGCGGGUUUCAGGCCUGUUUUUCAUAUAAUGUUCAUCUCUGAUUUGUGUAUAAAGAAGUUCAAAAACUAUUUGAAUUGAAAUGGGAAAGUAUUUUCUUGCUAUUUAUGCGUAUUUAAAUGAAUGAGCCUUGGCUAUAUUUUGCAAAUCUGUUUUAUAAAGACACUAAAUGUUGAA